GAAGUUCCCAAGUCCAAAAACCGAUCUCACUUCGCCUGCGAAAUGGUCUACGUCUUUCUCUUCCCUCCCUCCCUCUCUCUUUCUGCUCUGAAACGACGUGGCUGAAACCCGGUUAAGCUGUGAUUCGUGUUGAGGUGACUGGGGUUUAUUGGGUAGAAAUGGACAAGGAAACUGUUGAUUCAUCGUCUGCACCUCCUGCUAAGGCUCCUGAUGUGCAGCCACCUGUAGCUUCUGCACAAGAUAACUCUGCCCGUGAUACGCCGCCCUUACUAUCUGCUUCUGCCAUAUCUUCAUGGGCCAGAAGUUUCAGUCUUAGAAUUCCAAAGACCUCGGUUUCGGGGCAAGAGGAGUCGCAUACUUCAAGUUCCGCCAAGGCAACGCUUGCGCGUUUUACCAGUGGACUGGGACUGCGGUUAUCCCCGAAAGCUCCUGUGGCAGAUGAGAAUGCUGAGGGUGUUUCCACGGCUCCUCAGACUGGUGUUCUUGAAUCAUUGACGAAGGGGUUGGUUGAUUCGUCAAGGAGUGCAGUUAAGGCUGUGCAGGUCAAGGCUCGACACAUUGUGUCUCAAAACAAACGAAGAUACCAGGAAGGAGGAUUCGAUUUGGAUAUGACUUAUAUCACAGAGAAUAUUAUUGCAAUGGGGUUUCCUGCUGGGGACAUGAGUUCUGGAUUUUUUGGAUAUGUUGAGGGAUUCUACCGAAACCACAUGGAAGAAGUGAUCAAGUUCUUUGAAACUCAUCACAAGGGAAAAUACAAAGUAUACAAUCUUUGUUCAGAGAGGUUGUAUGAUGCAUCACUAUUUGAGGGGAAGGUUGCAUGCUUUCCAUUUGAUGAUCAUAAUUGCCCCCCCAUUCAACUCAUCGUAUCAUUUUGCCAAAGUGCAUACUCAUGGUUGAAGGAAGACAUUGAGAAUGUGGUCGUUGUUCACUGUAAAGCUGGCAUGGCCAGGACUGGGCUAAUGAUUUCUAGCCUUCUUCUAUUUCUGAAGUUCUUCCCAACUGCUGAGGAGUCCAUUGACUAUUACAACAAAAAAAGAUGUGUGGAUGGGAAGGGGCUAGUGCUUCCAAGCCAGAUUAGAUAUGUCAAGUAUUUUGAGCGCAUCUUAACAUACUUCAAUGGGGAAAACCAGCCUGGGCGUAGGUGCAUGCUUAGGGGAUUUCGACUUCACAAGUGUCCUUACUGGAUUAGGCCCUCAAUUACUGUCUCUGAUCAUAAUGGAGUUCUAUUCUCUACCAAAAAGCACCCAAGAACUAAGGAUCUGAUGCCAGAAGAUUUUUGGUUUAAUGCACCAAAGAAAGGGAUCAUAGUCUUUGCUCUACCAGGGGAGACUGGUCUGACUGAAGUGUCUGGGGACUUCAAAAUUCAUUUUCAUGACCGCCAAGGAGAUUUCUAUUGUUGGUUGAAUACAACAAUGACAGAAAACCGGAAAAUCUUGAACACUUCUGACCUUGAUGGGUUUGACAAGAGGAAAUUGCCUUCGCCUGGGUUCCAGGUUGAGGUUGUGAUAAUAGACUACAAUGGCACAAUUCCUACAAAGCCAAGAACUGAAAGUGCAAGCAGGAAAUCUGAUGCAAGCCCAGGGACAGGUCCUGUCCCAAGUGAUGGAGGUGCAGCAACUCCCAGCGCAAAUAAAGACUCUGGAAGUCCAGAUAAAGAUGAUGUAUUUUCAGACAGUGAAGGAGAAGAAAGUGGAUCUUCGAAGAAUAGGGAAGCUCAAGAAGUUUCUGGAGUAGGACCUGCUAGUACCACUGCCGGAGGUCCCCAGACCGGCACCACUCAAGAACAAGUAGCAGCUUUAACUCAUGGGACUGAAAAGUUUUCAUUAAGAAGCGAAGGACCCACACAGCAACCAUCUGCAAAUGAAUCGAACACUGAUAGUGACAGUAGGUCUGGCUUGAGCGUUGACAUUCCAAAGGACUCAACAACCUCCAAUGAUUUCAAGGCUAUUGCAGCUGAUGCUUCUGUCUUUUCUUUCGGAGACGAUGAAGACUAUGAAAGUGAAUGAACCAGGAGUGUCAUUUGACAGCAGAGAUGCUCGCAAAAGAAUUUGUACAGAAAAUUAUUUGUAAGGAUCAAACAGGCAUCUUCAGAUGUCCAAGUGAAUAUCUGCGUGUAUUUGUUCAUUCUUAAUAUUGGUUGUGUAUUGGGUCGGUCCCAUUAGUUGGCAGAUUCUCUGCUGUCUUGGUACAAGAAUUUGAUUUCAUUUAAUAGCCCCCCUCCUUUGCAAUGCUAAAGUUGUCCUUGUAGCAAAUACAUUUUUCUUUUCUUUUCUUUU